AUGGCGCCCACAAAAAGGAGCGGCAGGUCAAAACCUGCAAGCUCCCCUUCCUCAAAUGGAUCGCCUCCUGCGCCCUUCAAGCGGCCGCCCGAGGUCCUCGAGUCCUUCGCCAGCGGGCUCAACGAGAAGCACAUCUACGUCACGCACAUCGACUCCAAGCCGGCGGCGUUUAAGCGCAAAAUCUUCCUCGUCCCCGUGGCCAUGAACGUCUGCGUCUCGCUGCUCUUCGCGUGGCGCAUGUACGCCAUCCUGCCCUGGUACUGGCAGCUCGUCGUCUCGGCAUUUGGCUACCAGAGCGACGCCACGUUCCCGGCCUCGCAGGCGACCUGGGGCGAGCUGGCGUGGGAGAUUGGCAAGCGCGGCGUCACCAUGUUCAUCGACUUCAUGCUCUUCGUCUUCGUCUGGCCCUGGCCCGUCGAGUUCGCCGCGGGCCAGCGCCACGGCAACCCGAUGCUCUGGCGGCGCAAGGUGGGCUUCCGCGACAGGGAGAUUUACGUGCGCCGCAGCCGCGACUGGGACCGCCUGCUGCGCGACAUCUUCAAGGACGCCGACUCGCGCAAGAUCCUGACGGCGUACAUCCAGCAGGCCACGUCGCCGCUGCUGCAGGAGCAGAAGACGGGCUACCUGCUCAUGAACAGCCACUGGGACCUCGACUGGGAGGCCAUGGUCUACGCGCACCAGCUCGUCGACACCAAGGCCGUCGCCCUCGAGGCCUUCAAGAACGUCGUCCUGGUGCACCACAAGGACUACGGGUGGCUCUGCUACGACCUCAAGAUGGGCUCGGCCGUCGAGGAGGACGACAAGAGGCGCCAGGUCUUUGCCUUUAGGGACGCCCUCACGGCCCUGGGCAAGGAGGACCUGUUCUACCGCUGGGUCGAGAUUGUGCAGUUCGAGGCCACGCAGCCCGGCGGAUUCGGCCCGGAGAAGCAGGAGGAGGCGGCCAAGAAGAUUCGCGACAUGUUUGAAAAGGAGAAUAUCAACUUUGACGAGCUCUGGAAGGAGGCUGUCGGGGGCUGA